GACAGCGACAGCGAGUGCCAAGUGCUCUUAAAAAAAUGGCGGCCGCUGUUUGUUGUUAUUUUAGAGAAAAUCACGUAUAUAACUAAUUAAAUGUUUAAUUUUUAGUCCAAAUAUUGUUAGUAGCAUCAUGGAGUCGCCGGUAGAGGAUACUACAGAUGAUCCUGGAGAGGAUCCAUUAAGUUUAGACAGUGUGCCGUCGAAUGGUGCAAGGGUGCCUAUCUUCAAACGGAAGAUUCCUGUCGGCAAAAGGGCUAGAAGAAACGACAAGAAAUCGAGAAUAAGUGAAGAUGGGGAGGACAAAUUAGUCAUUCCUGAAGUGUUUGUGAAGGUGGAAGUUAACGAAAUUGACGAGCCCAUCGCUAUGGACCUCGAUAAGCGAUCGAAACCAGCAAAAUAUCCAACUACGUCCGAAAUUAAGAUCCCGUCAGGAAUAAUAUUGAAGAAAAUACCAAGAAGAACUUCGAAGAGGAACAAAACGAACGCAAAGAAAAAGAAGAAGAAAAAGGAAGUGGUGAAAAUGUCCUCGGAGUCCGAGGAGGAAGUACCGGAGGAUGAUGAUGACGAAGAAUACCAUGAGGACGGCAGCGCUAAAAAUAAUAAACCUUUGGUCUGCAAGGUGUGCGGGCGAAGGUUCUCUAACGUGUACAACCUCCGCCGGCACGUGCCGGUGCACGAGGGGCAGAGAAAGUGCCCGUUGUGUGGCGUCGUCUUCAAGAGCAAGAAUUCAUUGACGAAACACAUGGCCGUACACGAGCCGACAGAGAAAUGUGACAUCUGCUCAGCCUCCUUCCACACCAAGUCGCAACUUGAGGACCAUAAAAACAAGCAGAAGUGCUCCGAACACGACCACACCGAAGAACGGCUCAAUGAGAGCCUCUACAGGGUGGUCUCUCCUACUAACCUCAAAGGAUUCUUAUCAAGAGAAGAGUUAAGCUAUUCCAUCCAGAAUGCAAUUGUCUCCAAAAUGCACAAAGGACGAUCCGUCGCAGACAUCUGCAGACUCUACGCUGUGACCCCAGAAAUUGUCAACGAAAUCUGGAACGAUCGAGACAAGUUCAUUCUACCAAAAAAAGUUGGGAAACGAAGCGUGAAGUACAUGAAUAGUGUAUUGGAGCCCCAUGUUCUGGAGUGGUAUAAUACGCAGAAAGAAAAAGGCAUCCAUUUAACCGGACGUAUGUUCCAAACCGUUGCCGAAGCUAUGGCCAGAGACCAGGGCUUCGUUCAUUUCAAUGCCGGUAAUAAGUGGCUGGAGCAAUUUAAAAAGAAGCACAAUAUAUAUCUGAACAAAACUAGAAGGGAUUACAGCAAUAUGAACCAGGAGUCGGUGUGGAAGACCAAGUUCUUCCAAGAACAGUGGAGCGGGGUUCGAACGCAGUAUACGGAUGAUGAAAUUUACACCGCGGACGAAGUUGGUGUCUAUUACAACACUUCGAAAAGUCGCGUUAGGAAACUUGGCGGCAAGAAGUUUCUGCAUGGAGACCCGUGCGAUCGCUUGUCCAUUCUCCUCUGUUCAAACAUGUCUGGGACUGACAAGAGAAAGUUGCUCGUUUGUGGAACGGAAGACCCGUUAAAGCACUCCUGUCGACACGCCGUCACGCUGCCGGUCGAGUACAAGAGACACAACGAGUGUCACUUCACGACGGGAAUGUUCGAAGAUUACGUCACGAAAUGGAACGCCGAACUCGCGUUGGUAGACAAAAAAGCCCUCCUGAUCUUAGACAGGGCUUCGAUACAUUCCAAACUGGAUCUAUCAAACCUGAAACUGAUUUUCAUUCCGUGGAAGUCCGCAAACAGUUUGAUGCCGAUAAAAAACGGCGUCUACGUGAGGUUCCGCGAAGAAUAUCGUAAUUUGAUACUUUUCAACAAAGUUACUACUAUCCUUAAAGGGGUUGAUAGAAACCUCACUUGUUUGGAAGCUUUGGCGAUGCUAGAUAAAGCGUGGAACCGAACGCCUCCAUCAACGAUAACUAAAAGCUUCAUGGAAACAGGAUAUGAUGUCCAAAACGUGGAUAAUGUGGAAACAGAAACCACUAACUCAGAGAAUUACGGAGAACACCACAUAAAGAUAUUAAAAGAUUUCAGCGUUGAACCAUAUUUCUGUGAUUUGUUCAGUCUGGACAUGUACUUAACGGUUGAUGAAGACCUUCUGACCGGUCAAGGGACAAAUCCUAGUGUUUUUGGGGGAAACCAUAAAGUCAUCGAUCCGAUUGUGAAGAACGAUGAAAUCUUACCGCUUAACUCUGAGAGACCGUUGAGCAAUGAGAAGGAACUUCUGCUCAAAAAGACGAGAGCCCUCACAGAUUUAGAGAUAGUAAGAAAGUAUUUACUAACUAAUGAUACAACGUACAACAUGUAUUCUAAGUUUAUGGAUGUAGAGAAAGUCGUUAUCGAUAGUUUUGUAAGGUUAAAUAAUUAAAAUAAGUUUUUAAUAAAUCUAUUAUUAUCUACUUCCAUUA